AUGGACGCUAUUAAACAUGAACUCCCCUACACCGAGACACCCUCCUUUUGCCGAUUGUGCCUCAAAACAAAUUCCAUCGAAAUUCUCGUCCAAACACCGGAAGAAGCAAAUGAGCCGCUCUUGAGCAUCAUUAGCGAAUGCUUGGGAAUAUGGCUUACGAUUACGGAGGAUUUUCCACUCGGUAUUUGCCACGAGUGUUGCAUGUCACUGGAGGCGAUUCGUCAGUUUCGCUACAACUGUCAGCAGUGUGAUUUGUAUUUGAAAAAUCAACGUUCUGCGUCAGAAACAAGACCCGCUGCAAUAGAAGUGGAUGCGUCUGGUGAGCAAAAAGCGGUACAACAGGUUGUUCAUUCUUACUCGGAAGUAACACCUAAUGCACUGAUUAUGGAAGGACAGACCAUUAAAACAGAGCAAGUAAUUGUGAACGUAAACGAGUACAAUGAACAGGAAAUUAAUCAAAUGCCGACUCAGUAUUAUCAACCUGCUCCGCAGGUACAGGAAACUAACGGUGCACCACCCGCACAAGAAAUAAUUCAAGCACCGCCCAGUAUUCCACUUAAGAAAUUCGAUUGUCCUGAAUGUGGUAAACAACUACACAGCUCAAGAAUGUUAUCCCAACACGUAGUUCGGGAGCACCGUCUCGCUCAUGGUUGCCAAGCUUGCGGUAUGUCCUAUAACAGUCCCUCGAAGCUGGAAGCGCACUUAACAACAUGCAACGGCCGUCCGUCUCGAUUUAUGUGUAAUCAAUGUCCAAGCGGUAAAGUUUUUUCAACGGCCAUCAGCUUGUCGGUACAUUUGUACUACGCACACGACAGCUUGCAGUCGGUUGUCUAUCGAUGCGAGUCCUGCAAAAAGAACUUUAAAAAUCGAAUUGGCCUCAAGUAUCACUACAAAACAGGACACGGUUGCACAAUGGUAGAGUGCGAAAUUUGUCGGCGGCCAUUUCCCACUGAAGAGAGCCUCUAUUAUCACAAAGUGGUAGAUCAUUAGGAUCUGCGUUAGGUUAUUAGAAGCAAAUCGUUUUUCUUUGUAUACUUCGAUUAUAAUUCUUGACUUUGACUGAUU